AUGACGCGUCCAAAGGUACCCGAGGAUAAGCGACAAAGGACAGCUCAGGCUUGUGAUACCUGCAAGCGACGGAAACAAAAGUGCAAUGGAAUUCAGCCGUGCAGCCCUUGCACCAAGCGAAACACGAAGUGCACCUACAACGCAACCGACCUCGCCGGAGCCGACACCUUGAGUUCUUUCGGACCUCCAUUCAAACGUCGACACGUCGAGAUUGUCACCGGAUUCCAGCCUCACAGUGACCUGAUAGACAGACUGGCGAGUGGAGGGCAAAACCAGUACAUUGGCGUUCGACCGUUUGAUAACUUCGACCCCAAGUCUCACCAGAGUCCGCCUUUCGGUAAAGAUGAAGAGACUGGUGUUUAUGGAUCAUACAGAACGCUGCCAGAUCCCAGUGGGAAGCGAUCUUUGUAUUUUGGCGAAUCCUCCCCCUGGUCGUAUCUUCAGUUGAUGCGCAAGGUAGUAGAAGGCGUGGCAGGUCCAUCGCAGUUCACACUGGAUCCUGGCCAAUCCGAAAUCGUCGAACCCACCCUCACGGUACCGGAGACAGCUCGGAGUGUACAAAUGCUCCCAGAGAAGAAGACAGCCGAAGUGCUCGUGCAAUGCUUCUUCACCAAUACAAACGGCAUCGUAGACAUUGUGGAGUCGCGACGCUUCAAGCAGUCUUUGCAUUCAUGCUACUUGAGCCCACUUACUGUGGGAUCAUCGACGCUCUGCUUGGUUUAUCUUGUGUUGUCAAUCGGCCUUGAAAUGGCGGCGCCGACUCCAGGCAGCCCUGACCACGAAAUCAUCGCCCAUCUUCGGUCUCAGUCCCCAGAUCAAGCAGAGGUUUUCUUCCGAAGCGCCCAGGGCUUGGGGCACCCUGUUUCAGGAUUUCAGGACGGGGAAUUUUGGUCUAUCCAAGCCCUCAGCCUCAUGUCUUUAUACAAGCUAACCGUAUGCAAGCAUAACGCCGCGAAUGCAUACCUUGGCAUGGCUGUUCGAUCCGCCCAGGGACUGGGGCUUCACAGAGCUCCGGAGACGGCAGAUUUCUUGGGCGACGAUCAAAUGGAACGGCGAAACGUCUGGAGAAGUUUAUUUGUGCUUGAUCGAUUUCUCGCCGUGCUUCUGGGCCGGCCUGUCGCAAUAUCCGAAGGCGGCUGUUCAGAGGACUCUCUCGAAGCGCCAACAAAACGAAUGGGCCCCAAAAGGAUGCGCCGGAGCCAGAACAACACUGGCCCCGGCCUCGACGGUGCCGUUCGAGCAAGCAAGGCUGUUGGUGAAGUCCUGAAAAAGGCCUACUCUGAAACCAAGAUCACUACGACAGCUGCCCAAGAACUCUUCGAAAAUUGCCAACGCUGGUUUGACGACCUUCAGCCAACCCCAUACGCAAGCAAGCUCUUCAUCAAGGACAUUUCCACCGCACCUGCUCAAGGAAUGGGGAUUCUGCAUGCCAAGCUCCUUGGUUUCCACUGCACUAUCCUUCUCACCCGCCCCUUUUUCUUGCGUUUAUUUGUCAGGGUGCGGGAUGACAAGCCAGGACAUCAGGUUCAAAUAUCUCAAACAGAUUCGAGAAUGCAGAGACUUUCUGCGACCUGCGUUUCUGAAUCGACCCAGAUGAUCAAAUUAACACAGGCGGUGUUUCAAUCUCACAUUAUUCCCCGGCGAAAUCCAUUUGUGAUGCAUUCCCUCUUUGCUGCCACCGUCAUCAUAUUGGGUAACCAGUUUGCGCAUUUACAUGACAACGCCGACUACGACGAAUCGAUAUCAAACGCAACGAACAUCAUGUCACACUUUUCUGCCAAUGAUUUUGAGGCAAGACGCUUGCUUUUCAUCGUCACGUCGUUUAGAGAUGCCGUUCAACGCCAAGCAACAGCCACUGCGCCGAGCGGCUUGGUCCAGACCUCGCAGGCAAUGUACUAUGUGAAGCCACGCACUGUCCCGAAAGCCCCGACAGAGAGUGUUUCUUCCUCCCAUCACUACUCGGGAGAGAGCGAGGAUAAUAUAACGAAAUCCCCUCACGUGGAGUCCAAGAAGAGUAUAUCCCAGGUUUCCCAAGCUCCUAUGAAUCCGCAAGACGGGGCAUCGCGAGGCAUGAAUGUCCCAGGUCUUGCAGCUCGAGGGUCUACGGAAUCGCUAAGCAAUAGCACCACUCCCUUAUCCCAACCUACUGAAACAUCGGACCAACAAGGCAGCGACCCGGGAGGCCCAGUAUCCAUUGGAUGCGAGCAUGGAUUCCCCUUCGACGGCUUUUGGGGCUUUCCGACUGAUGGCGGAUCCGUGUCUCGUGUACAAACACCCGGGACAGGGCCAGGAGGCAUGGCUCAGAUACACUCAGCCGAGACAGGGGGGAACGCCAUGGGGCACAGCCGCUAUUCAGCUCCUGGCAUUUCGGAUGCGCCACAGAACCAGUCUCGCGGUGUUGUCUCAAGCCUCUCGGGGGUCAUGUACCCAAUGGAGGACCCACCGGGGUUCGGCAGGUGA